AUGGUACAGUGGACAUUGCUUGGAAAAGUUAUCCAUUUGCUGUUUUUCGUAUUUUUCCAGCACAAGUAUUUGCAUGCAGAGAAGAUGCAAGGAACAGAACAUUUGGUUAACUGUUCUACUAAAGGAAUGUUGAAUGUUACAAGCUGCAAUAUUACAAUGGAAACAGAAAUAUUGGACUUGUCAUUUAACAAAAUUCGGCAAAUUCACAACAAGGAUUUUGCAGGACUAAUAAAACUGAAAAAAUUACUUUUACAGUUUAAUCAGAUCUGGACUAUAGAUAAUGAUGCAUUCCAUGAUCUUUCUGAGCUGGAAUAUCUUGAUAUUUCAAAUAACAUGUUGCUUAACAUUACGUCUUUGCCUUUCCAUAAUUUGAUGCACCUGAAACACUUAGACGUGACUAGAAAUGCAUAUCAAGAACUCCAGCUUGGUGUCCAGUUUGCAGAUUUAAAGGAACUAGAGACAUUAUAUAUUGGAAAUUGUCAAAUUACUUCAUUUAGAAGAAACGACUUGCAUACACUUCAGACUGUGCCUCUGAAGCAUGUUGUUCGCAUUACUGGAGUAUUACUAUAUUAUGAACCUUUGGCACUGAAAAUAUUUAAGAAUUUAGAAACUCUUACUUUAGAAUUCAACUCAUGCAAAAAUGAGGAUCUGUUAUUAUGUUUGUUCCAAGAUGUCUCAAAUAGCUCUAAAAAACUGGAAAUAAGAAAUGCUAACUUGAGUGGAGGAGAAAAAGUAUACAACAUAUUCUUUCCCUUCAGAUAUUCACAUAUUAAUGGUCUAGUUUUCCAGAAUGUUACUAUGAAUGAUAAAUCAGUGACUUCAUUACUUAAUGCUGUUGCUCAGUCCGAUAUAAAAGAAUUAACUGUACACACGGUUAAAUUUAAUGGGAUUGGAUACUGGAAUAUUAAGAUGGAACCAUUUCAGAAAAUAACAUUGCAAAAGUUUAUUGUAGAAGAUAUAGACAACCCCAACUUUUUCAAGUUUUACUCUCUGGGCUAUAUGAGUAAUUUCUUCACACAACUCACUGAGCUAUCCCUAGUGAAGACAAGUGUGUUCUUUUUCCCUUGUGAAAUCUCUCAGGCAAUGGUUAAUUUGGUACAUCUGAAUUUAGCAAACAAUUUACUGAAUGAAUAUUUACUAUUUCCUGGGUGCUCCCAGCCAUUCCCGUUACUUCAAACAUUAAAUGUAAAUAAUAAUAAGUUUGUCAACCUUCAGAAACUAAGUGAAUUUACAUAUCACAUGACAAACCUGAGCAUGCUGAAUGCAGAUUUCAAUGCCAACGUGGUAAGUUCAGGAAGUGUCUGUAAUUGGACUAUAAGCCUAAAGCAUCUGACCUUAAGAAAAAAUGAUCUCUCAAACGAUGUGUUUGCCUGUCUCCCAUUAUAUGUAGAAUAUCUAGACCUCAGUUUUAAUCAUAUCAGCCAGUUAUACAACCUUGAGAAGCUAACAUUUUUGAAAGAACUUCGAUUGACAGAAAACAGUCUUGCAUCUCUCUCACAACUUCAUACAUUGCCUUCUCUAAAAAUUUUACAUAUUGACCGAAAUGAAAUAAAUAAAAUAAAUGUGGAUGAGUUUAAAUCCUUCAAUGUUAAAGAACUAAAUGCUGCAAAUAACCCUUAUGUGUGUGACUGUGAAACAAAGACCCUAUCAGAGCUGUUUAAUAGUUCUACAACAGUAAUUGUGAACUGGCCAAAUGAAUAUAAAUGUCAGAACAUGGAAGAGGCUGAACUAAUUUCUUUACAAUUUUCUCUUAUACAAUGCAAUCCUGUUUUAGGUAUUAGCAUCACUGUAGCUUGCACUCUGCUUGUACUAAUUGUCAUUGUGUUGUUGUUUAUAAAAUAUAAUGGGCCGUGGUAUGUACAUACUCUGUAUCUUUGGAUCAGAGCCAAAAAGGCAAAAAAUCUAGACCUUGUAGAAAAAAACUUAGAGUACCAUGCGUUCAUAUCCUAUAGUGAGUUUGAUUCCUCGUGGGUAAAAGACAAUCUUGUCUUACAACUAGAAGAUAAUGAUCCUCCAUACCAGGUCUGUAUUCAUGAACGAGACUUUAAACCCGGAAAACCAAUUAUCACAAAUAUUAUUGACUGCAUCUCGAAAAGCUACAAGACGGUUUUUGUCCUGUCACAACAUUUUGUGCAAAGUGAAUGGUGCCACUAUGAAUUUUUCUUUGCCCAUCAUCAGCUUUUUGAAGAAAAGAAAGAUUCCCUUAUUCUUCUCCUUCUGGAACCUAUUCCUGCCGAUUCCAUACCCAAUAGGCUUUGUAAGUUACGGAAACUGAUGAACAAGAAUACAUAUUUGGAGUGGCCACAGGACAAACCUCGGCAGUCUGUUUUCUGGAAAAGGUUAAAAGCUGUCCUGGAUAUUGAGUUCAAAGCAAACAGUGUACUGGAACAUGACUGUGAAAGUAACAGAUCCGUAAGAAUGGGAAAGGUAAAAAAACAUUAUGUACAAAUGACAGAGGAAGCACCAUGCUAGUAGAACAAAUUUGAUUUGCUUUUUUGUUUAAUGACUUUCAUUUUUUUCUCCAUAAAAUCAUGCCAGUCAAAACAAAACAUACUAUGAUUUAUGUCAGUAAAGCAUGCAAAGAUAAUAUUACAAAAUCAAGAAGAUUAACAUUAUAAAGAGCCUUUUCCAGCCAUAUUAUGAGACACAUCUGUUCAUGUAGUCAUGUCCUUUUUAAUUUAUCUUGUGUACAACAGGCAGAAACUGUGCGAUUCUACUCGCCACUCUGGGGGGGGGGGUUACAUGUUAACCAGAAGACAGCAGUCUUAUUGCAGGGGUACAUACAGCAACGCUUUCAACAGAAUAAAUAAUCAUAAAACAUGAGCAACACAACCAGAAUUAUAGACAAUGGCUGGCGACUGAGUGACAGAAUAUAAAAAUGUGAUUAGUAGUUGACACAUUUCAGCUAUAUAUAGUAUCCAAGUUCCAACAUGGCCAUAUAGGAUUAAUGCUAUGAGCUGCCUUAGUUUGAUUCUAUUAAUCUGUACUUGUAAACAGUGUGAUUUUCAUUGACAUUUAAUGCGACAAUGUUAGCAGAUAACCAGGGAAAAUAACUAUUUAUGUUUAGUGGUCUUAUCUGGAGAACAAAUAAACA